GCCUCAUUCGAAGUUUUAGAUUCAAGUCAUGUAGACGGCGCUAGUAAAGAUAGCGCGUGCGCAGCUACAAAAUCUAUAUUAAAAUGGAGGAUAAGAAUCAGGUCGUGGAGCGAGAGGCUAAGAAAGAUGAAAUUCAUGAAAAAGAUGGGCAUUCCAAAAGUUCUAAGAAAAGGAACCGUAAGAAAAAGAAACAACCAGUACAUUCCACGAGUGAAAAUCACAAUAAUGCAGGACACAGUGAAGAAAAAAAUCUUCACAGUGCUUGUAAUAUCUCCAUAAAGGAGAUACAAAUGGCUAUGGAAGUAUUUAAUAUGCAACAAAAGCCUGCCAAAACUCAAGAAGAAGCAAUGCAAAAGCCUUAUCAAUUUUGGAGUACCCAACCAGUACCUAAAAUGGAUGAAAAAAUUGUGUGCAAUGAACCAAUUGAACCUGAUAAAACUUCCAUAAGGGCAGAACCUUAUUCGUUGCCAGAAGGUUUUCAAUGGGAUACUUUAAACCUUGAUGAUCCUUUGGUAUUAGCAGAAUUAUAUUCUCUGCUAUCAGAAAACUAUGUAGAAGACGACGAUGCGAUGUUUAGAUUUGAUUAUCCACCUAUAUUUUUGAAAUGGGCAUUACAACCACCAGGAUGGUGUAAAGAAUGGCACUGCGGUGUUAGAGUCAGCAAAAGCGGACGUCUAGUCGGUUUCAUUUCCGCUAUUCCAGCUACUCUACGCAUUUAUAACCAUACUAAAAAGAUGGUUGAAAUAAAUUUCUUGUGUGUACAUAAGAAAUUAAGAUCCAAAAGGGUUGCUCCUGUUCUGAUACGAGAAAUUACAAGGAGAGUAAAUCUUCAAGGAAUAUUUCAGGCUGUGUAUACUGCUGGAGUUGUAUUACCAAAACCAGUUGCAACUUGCAGAUAUUGGCAUCGAUCGCUUAAUCCAAAGAAGCUUAUUGAAAUAAAAUUUUCUCAUCUCUCGCGUAACAUGACUAUGCAAAGAACUUUAAAACUGUAUAAACUGCCAGAGAACACCAAGGUGCCUGGAUUUAGGAAGCUCGUUUAUACAGAUAUUCCACAAGCUCACAAAAUUUUAAGCGAUUACUUAGAAAAAUUUGAUCUGGCACCGAUUUUUACAAUCGAGGAAUUUCAACAUUGGUUCCUUCCACAAAAUGGCAUGAUCAAUACUUUUGUAGUGGAAAAUGAUGGUAAAAUUACGGAUAUGGUUAGCUAUUACACAUUACCAAGUUCAAUAAUGCAUCAUCAAGCACAUAAGACCUUAAAAGCCGCAUAUAGUUUUUACAAUGUCUCCACCGUCACUCCAUGGCUCGAGCUUAUGACCGAUGCUCUUAUAUCAGCCCGUAACUUGGGCUUCGACGUAUUUAAUGCUCUGGACUUGAUGGAUAAUAAGGAGUUCUUGGAACCUUUGAAAUUUGGUAUUGGCGAUGGUAAUCUCCAAUAUUAUUUAUACAACUGGCGUUGCCCAAGUAUGACGCCUGGAAAAAUUGGUUUGGUGCUCCAGUAGACUUCUAGAUCAACAUGUUGUUGACUAGAAUAUAAAACGAUUGUAAGCUUGCGUGAGUGAAAGAAAAGAAUGCAAGAGUGUGAGUGACGAGAAAGAAAUAUGGCAAUAUGAGAUGCACACGUAAGAAUAUAAAACGAUGCAAAAAAAAAAAAAAAGAAAAUGAAGAGGAGUGCGGAACC